AAAAUAAGAAAUAUUCGGAAAGUGCAACCACGUCAAUGGACACGGCCACAAUUACAGAGUGGAGGUCACGGCUCGAGGUCCGAUCCACCCCCACACCGGCAUGGUGGUCAACAUCUCCGACAUGAAGGUCUGGAUCGAGAGGGCCAUCAUGGAUGUCAUGGACCACAGGAACAUCGACAAGGAUGUGCCGUACUUCAGGGAAACUGUCUCGACGGCGGAGAAUAUUGCCGUCUUUAUCUGGGAGAGCCUGCAGCCGUUCCUGCCCUCCGAGGUCACGCUGUUUGAGGUCAAGCUGUUUGAAACCGACAAAAACAUUGCCGUAUUUCGCGGCGAAUAUCAGUGAGGUAUACCCCAGCACAGGUACAGUGGUGAGCGAAAUAAUUAUGGCGACACCUGCGGGACCAAGUCGACAGCGAUUUGAUGUGAGAACCUUUUAUAUACGAUAGCUAAAGUAACUAUUUAGCUAUCCCCAGGUGUUAUGCUUUUGUGUAUAUCUAUGUGAUAAAGCCUGACUAAACGGAUGUGACCAAGUCAGAUAUAUUCGUGUUCUGCAUUCAUUUGCACAAAUUUAUUCCUUAUUUUAUUUAUAGAAAUAUUGAUACAACGUUGAAGGCAGAUCGUUGCAGCGAAUACGUUUGGGACCAAUGAAUAAAUACAGUUUGU